AUGCUUUUAUCGUCAAUUUUCUGUUUAUUAUUAUCUAAUGCUUUAUCAUUUAGACGUGAUAGUACAAUUCUUUAUUCUAGAAUAGCAUAUAAUAAUUUAUUUAUAACAUAUUUAUAUGAUGGUAUUGGGUUAUUUGGGAGUUUAUUUUACACGUCCUCUAUAACACAAUCAUUCCAUAUAUUAAUAUUUGUUAUUAGUUUAUUAAUUCUAAAUUUAACAGGAUUUUAUCCUAGAAAAUUAAUUUCUAGUGAAUAUUCAAGUUUUUACCAAAUAUUAUUUACAAAAUUACAGUUUAUUAAAAACUUAACUGUUUCUAAUAUAAUAUUAAAAAGAGGAGAACAAUAUACAAUAAUAGAAUAUACAUUAAUGUUAUUAUUUAUAAUAACAGGAAGUGUAUUAUUAAUAUCUAGUAGUGAUUUAAUAUCCAUUUUCUUAUCUAUUGAAUUACAAAGUUAUGGUUUAUAUUUAUUAUGUACUAUGUAUAGAAAUUCUGAAUCUUCUACUUCAGCUGGUUUAACUUAUUUUUUAUUAGGUGGAUUAUCAUCUUGUUUUAUUUUAUUAGGUAUUGCAUUAAUAUAUGCUAAUUUAGGUGUUACUUAUUUAGAUAGUUUUUACAUUAUUAAUAACUUAGCUGGUACUAUUUUAGGUUUAACUCAAUUUAGAAUUAAAAGAUUAUUUGCUUAUAGUACUAUAUCUCAUUUAGGAUUUAUUUUAUUAGCAUUAUCUAUUAAUAGUGUUGAAUCUAUUCAAUCUUUUAUUUUCUACUUAAUACAAUAUAGUUUAUCUAAUUUAAAUGCCUUUAUAUUAUUAAUAGCUAUAGGUUAUAGUUUAUAUGCUUAUAAUGAUAAAAAUAUAAAUCAUAAUAAUUUAGUAGAUAAAAAUAAUUCACCUAUUCAACUUAUUAGUCAACUUAAAGGAUAUUUCCAUAUUAAUAGUAUAUUAGCUUUAAGUUUAACUAUUACUUUAUUUUCUUUUGCUGGUAUACCUCCUUUAAUGGGAUUCUUUGCUAAACAGAUGGUUUUCUCUGCUGCUUUACAAGAAGGAUUUAUCUUCUUAACUCUUAUAGGUGUAUUGACUAGUGUUAUAAGUGCAGUUUAUUACUUAUAUAUUGUAAAAACAAUGUUCUUUGAUGGACAUUCAUAUACUUACUUUAAUAAAUUAAAAGAUAUUAGAAUUCCUGCUCUUAUAAUGCAAAAAGAUAAAGUAGUUAAUAAAAUAUAUUUUAAUUCACAAUUUGCUUUAUCUAGUUCAUUAUCUAUAAUUAUUUCUAUUUUAACUUUAGUUAUUUUAUUAUUUAUGUUCAUGCCUAAUGAAUGA